GCGCAGGCGCGGACGCGCGGGGCAUCACGGGCCGCCCGGACGCAGAAGAUGGCGGACGCGGCCGUGGGUAAGGACAAGUGCGGGGAACAGCGGCUCGUGUCGCUGCCCCUGUCCCGCAUCCGAGUCAUCAUGAAGAGCUCUCCUGAGGUGUCCAGCAUCAACCAGGAGGCGCUGGUGCUCACGGCCAAGGCCACGGAACUCUUUGUUCAGUAUCUAGCCACCUGUUCCUACAGACAUGGCAGUGGUAAAGCCAAGAAAGCACUGACAUACAGUGACUUAGCCAGCACUGCAGAGGACUCGGAGACCCUUCAGUUUCUCGCAGAUAUAUUACCAAAGAAGAUUUUAGCUAGUAAGUACCUGAAAAUGCUCAAAGAGAAGAGGGAAGAGGAGGAGGAAGAAAAUGAUGGUGAGGAAAGUGAUAUUGGUGAAGUACUGGCUUAAGCCUGCAAGAAGUGCUCCGAGUGAGCCCCGUGAGAGCCCCGUGAGAAGCUCAAGGACAGACUUACAGCUGGGAAGUGGCGGCCAUUCGCAGACUUGGAGCUUGUAUUCCCUCUUGCAGCGGGAAGGACUGGAACCGUCUCCUCUCCUAGCAGAAAAGAGCCCUGGGCAGAUGGCACUGCUGUGGCUUUGGGUACAGCAGCACAUACCCCUGAGCUUCAUGUUGAACUUGCAGGAGGACCUGGAAGCUCCAUGUCAGCUGUCCGAUCCCAGGGACACCCGUUCUCACAAAUGGCUACACAUGUAGCUCAUGUACAUUGUGCUAUCUUUGAAUUUUUUGUAUUUUUUAAGAAAUGGACUAUGCAUUUUUAUUGUACAGAAUUUGCUUUUCCUUUUCCAUUAAAGGUCUGUAUUUUA